AUGGAUAUCAAUGUAACAGAAUUGGAAAGUGAAUUCAAAAAAGUACUUCUUCAAUUGGCAAAUGAUCCAUUUAAUCGAGAACUACUUCAUGAACUUCAAGUGAUCCAAAAUGGAUCAAAUUUGCAAGCACCAUAUUCGGCAACAAAUAUUACACAAUCAACAACAAAUGGUCAUGAAGCAUCAUCAUCACCAAGGCUUGCAAUUAAUUAUGCACCACGAACACCAAUUGUUGAAAAUAACAAGAAUAUGAAAGUAAAUGUUAACAAUAACAACAAUAUGACAUCAAAUGUUCAAAAUAACGACAAUAUGACAUCAGAUUAUAAAGCACGUGUUGAUCAACCACAAUCUUCGAAUAUUCAACCACAGAGUGAUUCGUACGCAAGAUCAAGUAAGUAA